AUGGAUUUUAUAAUAGACACAGUUGGAAAUGAAGAACUUCAUGGAAAAGAUGAGUUAUUAGAUCAAGACGACAAACUUUUUAUAGAAAAUGAAAAAAGGAAUGAGGCAAUAUUAGAGUUAUUUGAAAAGAAAAAACAAGAACUAGAUGAGCUGGAGCUAGCUGAAGAAGAAGUUCAGAAAAAGCUUAAAGGUUUAAAAAUUGACGAUGUUUUUGAUGAAUUCUUCGAAGAAAUGGGGUGGAAUCAGUCAAUUAUAAAAAAAGAAAAGAAAAAACGAUUAUUCCACUUUGAGCAAUUAGACAUAGAAACAGGAAAACUAAAGUCAAACCUUGGAGGAGUAGAUGUUGAAAAGGAAAUGAAAAAGUCAGUUCUCGUACCUGGAUUAGAAAAAGAGCAUAGGUUACCAAAAUAUGAUGUUAGUGACAGAAAAUUAAGAGCAAUGCGCAAGAAAGAAAGAGAAAAGACUAAAGGACCAGGAUGGUUCAACAUGAAAGCUCCAGAAAUGACACCUGAACUGAAAAAUGAUUUACAAGUUCUCAAAAUGAGAUCAGCUAUGGAUCCAAAACAUUUCUAUAAAAAGAAUGAUAUGGAAGUUCUGCCAAAGUAUUUCCAGGUUGGUCGAGUUAUGGAUGCUGCUUUGGAUCAUGUAAAUGAGAGAGUAACUAGGAAAGAAAGAAAGAGAACCAUGGUUGAUGAACUGCUAGCCGAUGCAGAGUUCCAAAAAUACAAUAAAAGGAAAUAUAAAGAGAUCAUAGAUGAUAAGAGGAAAACAGAAUAUAAAACCUUCAUGAAAGAUAAAAGACAAAGGAAUAAAGCAGCUUUAAAGAGUAAUAAGUUAAAAGCUAAGAAAAGUAAA